AUGGAGGCCAUCAAGAAGAAGAUGCAGAUGCUGAAAUUGGACAAGGAGAACGCAAUCGACAGGGCGGAGCAGGCUGAGACCGACAAGAAGGCAGCUGAGGACAAAUGUAAACAGUUGGAAGAAGAGUUGCUGGACCUCCAGAAAAAGAUGAAGCAGACAGAGGAUGAACUAGACAAGUUCUCUGAGGGCCUGAAGGACGCUCAGGAAAAACUGGAACUGUCUGAGAAGAAAGCAGCAGAUGCAGAGGGUGAUGUCGCUGCUCUGAACCGUCGCAUCCAGCUGGUGGAGGAGGAGUUGGACCGGGCCCAAGAGAGGCUCGCUACAGCGCUGCAAAAACUGGAAGAGGCCGAAAAGGCUGCAGACGAGAGUGAGAGAGGCAUGAAGGUGAUCGAAACCCGAGCAAUGAAGGAUGAGGAGAAGAUGGAGAUUCAGGAGAUGCAGCUGAAGGAGGCCAAACACAUUGCGGAGGAGGCUGACCGUAAAUACGAAGAGGUGGCUCGCAAACUGGUGAUCCUGGAGUUGGAUUUGGAGCGAGCUGAGGAGAGGGCCGAACUCUCAGAAUGUAAAGCAAGUGACUUGGAGGAGGAGCUGAAAAAUGUCACCAACAACCUCAAGUCCUUAGAAGCCCAGUCAGAGAAGUACUCAGAAAAGGAGGACAAGUACGAGGAGGAGAUUAAAGUUCUUACUGAUAAACUGAAGGAGGCUGAAACCCGUGCAGAGUUUGCAGAGAGAACAGUGGCCAAACUGGAAAAGUCCAUUGACGACCUGGAAGAAAAGUUGUCACAUGCCAAGGAGGAGAAUCUGGACAUGCAUCAGGUCCUGGAUCAGACCCUGCAGGAACUAAACAGCUUAUAA